GGACGGAAGCUGGAUGUCGCAUCUUGAUCAACAUACUCUUGUUGAGAGUUGUAUCAGUCAUGUCUCCGGAUACCACGACGGUGAACAUAUUUCCAGAAUUCCCUAUCCCUGGCGCGAUCUUCAACCAACUUGAAGAGUCUGUCAAACGUUCGUUCAGUGGGGUCGUCGACUUCCUGGUGACUAAACUCCCCGCUCAGUACACCGGAUUCCUCCUGACCAAUCCGACCAAAACACUGGUGGAUCUCGGAAACACCCAGGAACCAAUAUCGUCCAACAUAUUCGAAGCCAAACGCGAUAGAGUUCGGGAGGGUCUGCCUCAAGCUACAAUUGCUGCGGCUUCGUAUUGCCAAUUGCGGGGCUUAAAUGACAUCAGGGAUGUUGUCACCAACGGAGAACAGUGGAUUUUCUUCGUGUACAGAAGGCACACAGAUGAUACUGGUGCUGCAUCGUGUCAAAACAACUCAAACCAUUCUCGCACGACAACGCACGAUAUUGACUACCUUUGCAUCGUGCAUUCGUCCAAAUUUCUUAUCCAGAUCGUGCGAGGGCGGUUUCAAUUGGCGGUGCACGAUGCUGCACUCUCCGGACGUCUCGCACUCUCCGGUUUUGACUGGGCGUCACCCAUCAUCCCUGCCUGA